GAUAUUUUGAUCGCCAUGAAACCCGACAACUUAAACAAUCUCUCGCAAAAACCUCGUUUAUCAGUGGAAGACUCAACCACUGAAAACAAUUCGCUCAGCAGCGAUUCGGAUAUUGAAGAUAUCGACUGUCCGGCCAGCGAUCAAAAAAGGAUCGGACAAGGACUAAGAAAGACCAUUAGGAAGAAUAACACAAAGAUAAAUGAUCUGGUUGCCAAGUUGACCAUUGCUGAAAUGAAUUUGGCAAGUGAAAAGGAAAAGUCCAAAUAUAAAGACGAUUUAAUGAAGCUGACUAAUGAAAACAAAGACUUGAGCGUAAAGCAAUUGCAAAGUAAAAUUUUGGAACUAGAAAAUGAACUUGCUUUGAGCAAGAGUCAGGGUUUAAUUAAAGAAAAAGAUAAGGAAACUUCCGGCCUUGCAGACUGGGACGAUCAAUGUAAGAAGAGGAUUGCAGAAUUUAAUGCUUUAAUAGAUAAAUUCGAAUGUAUUGUUCGGGAGAAGGACGAUAAACUUAUUGAAUUGGAUAAGAAGUUACAGAUACAUGAAGCCAUCCUGAAAGAGAAAGAUGAGAACAUUAACCGGCUAGGAUCGCAAAUUGAAACCGAUGGAGGCAAGAUAAAUAAAAUGGUUCAAAAACUCUCUGAGGUCACCCUCGAUACUGAAUGUUGUCUAGAUCCCUGCGAACCUCACGUUUUUCUCAACUGUACUAAAAUUCCUUCAAUGAAAUUGAUAUCGCUCCCUGAUUUCCAGCCCUUCGCAGCUGUUUUUGAGGAUAUUCCUUCUGCCGGCCCUGGUUGGAUGGUCAUCCAACGUCGAUUUGAUGGAAGUGUUGUCAUGGAAAGUAUGGAAGGAUUUUUCAAAGGUUGUGGAGAUUUGGGUGGCGAAUUUUGGAUUGGGAGUGAGAAAUUGCACAAACUAACAUCAAGUCGUCGACAUGAAUUAAAUAUUGAACUCGUGGAUUUUGACGAUGUCAGUGCCUUUGCAAGAUAUGAUCACUUUGUUGUUGGAAGCAUUGAAGAAAAUUACAUGUUAAAGUCCCUUGGUAAAUACUCAGGAAAUGCUGGCGAUGCUUUACGGAGUCACACAAAUGAACCUUUUUAUAAUAAUGAUUUAAAUAAAUUAUAUUUUGGAUGGUGGAACUCAAACGAUUGUAAUUUGAACGGAACAUAUUACAAAACUAAGGUUGAAUUGGAUUCUUGGGUCGGAAUAUGGUGGGGUCGUUGGAAUAUGGGGAAAAAAAUGUCUCUUAAGUCGUGCAAAAUGCUGAUCAGGCCAAAAAACUAGGAAACUCCUGCAAAGCGAAGUGGCUUGAAGAUCUUGGAGAAGACAAUGAAUUUUUUUAGCCAACUGAAAUUACCAAUCUCCAAAGUGCUGAGAAUAAUUAUCUUUAAAUGUAACCAACAUCGGAUAUUUUCUCUUAAGUAUGACUGAUAACAAGUCAUUUUAAAUGUUCUGAAUUCAAUUACCUUUUGUUUUUAUAAUUUAAAAAA